AUGCGUCCUGCUUUAGCUGUUACAACUACAACAACAAGAAGAGCCAAGUCUUCAAAUUGUUUAUUAAGGCAAUGUUUUUUAGAAUUAGAAUGCAACACAAACACUAGACGAACGCUUUUGACAUCUACUGCUUUAAAGACACCUACAAAACCUCAACUAUUACCCACACUGUCAUUUUUAGUUACAAGGUCAUACAACUCACGACCACGAAAGAAAACCGAGACGAAUGUAUACCGACAAUAUCAGCCUCGAAAUAUCAACAAAUUCAUCGAUCCUGAACAAAUGUCGCAGUAUUUCAUCAAGGAAAAGAUAUCGAAAAUGGACAUGUUUGCAUCACUACGAAGUGCGUUGUACAGCUUUACUAUGAAUGAUACCGCAAAAACAUGGCAGAUCUAUCAGUUGAUGAUAAAGCACGGCGUGGAUCAUUACCUACAACCCAAUCAUUACGGGCGCAUCCUCAGCAUCAUGAAGUACAGCAAGACGGUGCCCAACAUGCUGAGUGUGCUGGAACACAUGAAAUCACACGACAAAAGCCCCAAUGCUCAUCAUCUGUCACAAGUCUUGUUUGCCAUGAGUCGACAGGGCCUUGUGCGAGCUGCCUGUGAUCUGAUUAGAGUAACAACUGUUGCAUGCGACAGAUCUACGAGUCCGGAUAGAUUUUACCCCACAGCCAACCACUAUGAUUUGCUUGUCGUUGCAUUGAAGAACAACAAAACCAGAGAUCCAGCAAUGCUAAAAUAUGUCACUCAACUGCUAAUCAAAGCAAUGGAUAAACAGAACGCGAAGCUGGAAAAUACAACCAUCUCCCAACUGCUCAGUCUGCUGUCGAAACGCGGUGCCUCUCAAUCACUCACAGUAUCAUUCCUGAAAUCCUUGGACAGAGCCACGAAACAAGAUUCCACAACCACCACUCACCCUUACAAUGUAUAUAUCUACACCACACUGAUUGCAGGAUUCGCACGGAAAGGGGACAACAAGGGUGCAGUCAGUUUGUUCAAAGAAAUGCAGAAACAGCAAGUAUAUCCCAACAUUGUGACAAGUACAGCCAUUAUAGAUGCGCACGCAGUAGCUGGUGAUUUCGUUGCUGCUCGUUUAUCUCUGAAUUUGCAUGUAAAAAAAUACAACCAACUCUCCAGCACCAUUGUCACAUCACUACUGAUCAAUGCUCUACGAAAGAAUAACAUGGUGGAGGCAAGGAGAGCGGUUGAAUACAUUCAGAAACUAGACACUCGACAUGUAGAUAGCAAACUCAGGACAGCGAUGAUAUGGCUCAAGAGCAAAGAGAAUGUAGAAGAGGCACAAAAGGAGUUUGACGAUCUACAGCAACAAAACGAAAAGCUGGUCAACAGCGUGAUGGCGAACCAUUUAAUUGUUGGAUACGGAAAGAAGGGUGACAAGAGAAAAGUAUACCAAAGCUAUACAGCAAGCACACAACUGGCUACAGACGCAGAGGCAAAGCAGCGUGCAAAGCACCAUUUAGCACACGCCUUAUUCCAAUGUCGAGAUGUCCCUGCUGCGAUGCAAGUGUAUGCUUCCAUCAAAUCUGCUGAUCAGGGCGUGGCGGAUGAUAUCACACUGGCUAUGGUGAUUCAAGGCUUAAUACUGAACAAGGAAGGGGUGCUUGCCUGGCGAAUGUUCAAGACCAUGCUGGAUGAUGGUAUUGAGCCUAAUCUGCAUGCUUACAGUAGCAUGUUGAAGGCAUUGGGUCACAGUGAUUCUGAUCUGAAAAAGAAGAAGAAGCACGGCGAAGUGGAUCUCGAACCUAUGGCGAUGGCAGCUGGCAUACGACAUCCCAACGCAGACUACUCCAAAUCACCUAUUCCAGUAACCACAGAAGCGCACAACUUGUUUCGCCGUUUAACAGGCUUUCAAAAGCCCAACGUAUAUACCUAUACCACGCUUAUCUCUUGUUUUGCAAAGCACGAUAUCACACAAGCUACCAGUAUUUUCGAUCACAUGUGUGCCAACAAAACUGUUCAACCCACUGUAGAAACCUAUACUGCACUUUUGCAGGGCUGUGCCAUCUUCAAAAAGAGUGAGUUAGCCUUACGAUUAUUCAGCCACAUGAACGAGAACCGUGUAGAACCAAAUGCUGUGACAUGGAGAUACCUUUUGAAGUCUUUAUUAAGAUCUCAUGUAGACAAAAAAUCAAUAGACAAAGUGGGUGAUAUGGCGAGGAAAUCUUUGGAUCACAAAAAGCCCUUAAAAGUAUAA